CCGAAUCAGCUGUUCACCAGCUUUAAUUUGUUUUGUUUUUGUCGGCGUGCGUCGCGAUUGGUUUUCCGGCAAAAAUGGGGAAAAGCAAAAAGCAGGUGCGGGAGUUUAAUGCCGCCAAGGAGGCUGCGGUGGCCACAAGUGCCCGACUCGACACCUGCAAUGACGCCUACACCAGCGGAGCCUUCAAGUACCUGAGAUUUCUGGUCCACCUCCUGGCGGCAGCCCAAUUCUCGUAUGGGAUAUAUUAUCACUACUUCCGGGUGCACUGGCCCACAGAUUUGCUCGACGAGGACGAACUGAAGGCCCGUUGGGGCGGCAAGUUCAAAUACCUCACAUUCCUGGACGUGAUUCUGCAAGCCAUCUACCAUUCGCUGGCCCUUUUGAACGACUUCUUUGGCGAUAACAGGGUAUCUGUGGACUCAAAGUCCAGGUUAAGAUCGGCGAGAGACUACGUGUUUGCGGCCUUUGCCUUCCCCGUCGCCCACAACGUGUGCCUCUCGUUCUGGGUCAUUUACAUCUGGGACCGUGAGCUCAUCUUUCCCUCGGCUCUGGAUGCUAUUUUCCCCAGCUGGCUUAACCAUGUCGUGCACACUAACGUUGCACUGCUAGCUAUCAUGGACCUGUUUACCUGCUUCCGCCGCUACCCCAGUCGACUGGCCGGCAUCACGGGCAACGUUUCCUUCAUCUUGCUCUACAUCAUAUGGCUGCACAUUGUGCGAUACUUCAGCGGGGAGUGGGUAUACCCCAUUCUGGAAGUGCUGCCCUUCUACCUACGCUACCUGUUUCUGGCCCUGCUGGUGGGCUUCAAUCUGGUGUGCUAUCUGCUCGGAGAGUUUGCCAACAGCGUAGUCUGGGGCCCUGAGUUUAAGCUGCUCAAGCAGCAGAAGGCCAAACAGGGUUAGAUUCGAGGAUUUAAAAUCGGUUUAUUAGUUACACAAAUUUAUGAGAUAUGUUGUAAACUUGUAGGCACUUUUCGAGGUACGAUCGGUUUGCCCAAGGAGGCUUAUUUUUAUCGUACUUUAAUGUAAAAUCUAGAACCUAGUUUGAAGCCCAGUACUCAACGGCAAUGAAAAAUGGAUCAAGAAUAUAAAUUUGAAUCGCCGGUAGUACCAGGAUUAAGGAAACAGUCAUUCACAAACGUACAAUAUAAAGAUAUUUGUAUGCUUACGAGCUAGAUGGGAAGAUGAGUUUGUAAAAUAACAUUCGCAGCUUAAUGUCUAUGAGUAUUCGUAAUUUUAGUUUCGCUUAUUCUGCUCAAUAAAACAACUAAGAAAAACUAAAGGCCAUCGCAAUGUAAACUGAAUAAAAACAUACAUUUAA